AUGGAUCAUAUAGGAGCACAUCUCCACCAGACCCACGCUGAGACUAUAAGUUUUGGUAUCGAUCAGAUCCUUAACAAUGCGGAUCAGGGAAGUUGCAUGAUUUCAAACCCCAGGAUGCAAGACCUAGACUAUGGCUUGGGGUGCAUUGUCAGCAGUGCCUAUAACACGAUGACGGGCAACUACAACGGCACUAACUCUGGAGGAUACAAUGGAAACGCGUGCAACGUCGCCUCGCUGAACGGCUCGUACAAUAUGAACGUGGGGAUGAACGUAAACGGGAAUAACCUCAAUGCAUCGGGGGUGAUCCGGGUGCCAGCACAUCGACCGAUGAAUAGCGUUCACUCAUCCGUACCCACAAGUGGAGCCACGGUGCCAAGUAUGGGAGGCAUGGCCACAAUCAACAAUCUCACGGGACUAACCUUUCCAUGGAUGGAGAGUAACAGAAGAUAUACCAAAGACAGAUUUACUGUGGCCCUCUCACCGUUCACUGUAACACGCCGUAUAGGUCACCCAUACCAGAACCGGACUCCCCCAAAGAAGAAAAAGCCCCGGACGUCUUUUACUCGGCUCCAGAUAUGUGAACUAGAGAAACGCUUCCACCGUCAGAAGUAUUUGGCGUCGGCAGAAAGAGCGGCUCUGGCGAAAGCACUUAAAAUGACUGAUGCUCAAGUCAAAACAUGGUUCCAGAACAGAAGAACAAAAUGGAGGAGGCAGACUGCGGAGGAGAGGGAGGCCGAGAGGCAGCAAGCGAACCGAAUUCUUAUGCAACUCCAGCAGGAGGCCUUUCAAAAGACUAUAAACCAACCUGUUGCUCCGGACCCAAUCUGUCUACACAACAGCUCCUUAUUCGCGCUCCAGAACCUGCAGCCGUGGACUGAGAACACUGCUAAAAUGAGCACCGUGUCCUCUUGUGAUUAA